ACCUAUUUUUGUAUAUUAUAAAAAAAUUCCCUCCCAGAUCUUAGUAUAUAUUUUCGCUUUUUUUUUUUUUUUUUUGGUACUGGGGAUUGAACUCGGAACCUUGCGCUUGCACAGCAGGUGCUGGAACCACUGAGCUAAAUCCCCAGCCCUCCAGAUCUUAGUAUGAAGAUAAGGAAGUUUCUACUACUUUACAGCAACUCCAAGGAGCAUUCCCAUCAUCUCAAAUUUAUAGACAAGUUUCACUCCUCUUUUUUCCCUCAGUUUCCAGUAUACAUCAUAUAUUUUCAUCUUGCAACUUACUUGAAGGUAAUUAUCUUUACAUACUCUCAGGUGAAAUGUACAUUUCCAAGUGAUUCUUGAAAAGCCAAAUCCAACCUUGCUUGAAAAACUCAAAGCUGUUGCUGGUUUCUUCACAUGCAUAGGGUGAAGGCAGAGGGCUAGAGGGGCUUUCCUGAAAUUUGGAUUCUGAAUUAAUCCAGUUGAUGCUGUUGAAUCACAGCACAUAAACACUCACAUAGCCCUGAGCAGCUGAGCACUACUGGCUAUAGAGAGAGUUCUCUCAGAGGUUCAUGGCAAGAUGAUGCUGGGAAUCAAGAAAAUCUAACAGUCUCCCAGAGCCAUAGACGAUAUUAACAGCAGUUCUCUACAGGUAGGGGAAUGGAUGUGUUUUUAAGAAAGCAAACUCAGUCUUUUUCUGUUUUGCUGUAUGUGGUUUUGUUGUUUUGGUGCUGGAGUUUGAACCCAGGGCCAUACACAUACUAAGCAUGAGCUGUACUACUAAGCUACAUGGCCAGCCCUGUUUGUUAACUAAUAUAAACUACAGAAAGUAAAGCUUUCUCAGGGGCCGGGAAUUUAGCUCAGUGGUUCCACCGCCUGCUGCGCAAGUGCGAGGACCCGAGUUCGAUCCCUGGUACCAAAAAAAAGAAAGUAAAGCUUUCUAGUUGAGAGAAAAUACAAUGAGAAAGCACAAGGUUUAAUGGUAAUAAGGGUUUAAAAACCCUAAAACUAUGAAGAAAUAAGACUGAAUUUUCAUUGACUUACCAGAACUUAGUGAUUUUUCCUUUCAGAAGUAUCUAGGAACAAAGCUUUUGAUGCCAUAAAAGUCACUGGGGCUGGGGCUAGGGAGUAGCUCAGGCCCUGGGUUUAAUCCCCAGUACCACAAAAAUAAAACAGAAGUCACAAGCAUACUUAAGUCUACAAAGACAUAAAGUAGGUGGAAUUUAUAGGAGUAAACCUGACACAUAAUAGCAGCCAUAUAUAAAAGGUGCUAUAAAGUUUCCCUAGCACUUUCCCACAUCCUUUCAUUUGCCAUGUAUUUAAUGAGAGACAUAAAUUGUGCUACAUAUUAAUUAUGGUUAAUUAGUAAGUUCCUGUGAAUGACUGUAAAUAGUGGGACUGGUUUGCCGCCAAAGCAAAUUUUCAGGUUUUAAAAAAAUUUUAUACCUUGUACUUAUAAUCAAAAUAUCGGUUUAAAUCAUACUCCCCGUUUUGCAUCACACGUGUUGAUCUUAGGAAACAAACUCCUAAGACCUUCUGCCUAGGGAGCUGAGCUUCCCUCCAGGGUUUUGUUGCCAACUCUCCAACCAUACCAUCCCCUCCCACUCCCACAUCUCUCUCACUAGCCCUCACUCACACCUGGAGGACUUGAGUAUAACACUGAACAUUGGUUUGUCGAGCAUUGUGUGUCAGAAGCUGAGCAAGGCACUGAAAAUAUGGUGGUUGGCAAGGCAGCCCUAGUCACGGACUAGAUUGGACUCUCUCCCUGUGUGACAUCUCAGCCUUUAUCAAUGACAGAGGUGCUACAUGACUUUCUAUCAGGCUUUGUUUUCUCAUUUGGUUCAGCACCCAGACAGGGAAGCAUAGCUAUCAUGGAUUGGGCCCCACAAUACCCUCCAGCAGAGAGCAGUGCUGUAGGUGUGAGUGCCUGGACCCAGAGCCUGGUACUGAGCAAAUGAGGGCGAGCUUAGGUUAGCAGGAAUUGGUAAGGUGACAUACAAAUGCUAUCAUACAGUAUGUGGCCUUUUAUGUCUGGGUUUUAAUGUUUUUGUGACUCACCCAUAUUGUAGCAUGCCUCAGUACUUUCUUUUCGUGGCUCAUGUUCUGUCAUUUGGAUGGACAUUUUAUUUAUCUACUUACCAUUUGAUAGACUUUGGGUAUUGUGAAUAGUGCUCCUGUGAACAUUUGCAUACUCAUUUCUCUCAGGUAUCUCCAUGGAAGUGGACUUGCAAGUACUAUGGUAACUCCAUUGAACACUUUGAGAACCUGCUAGACUGUUUUCGAAAGUUAAUACCCUAUUUAACAAUGCCGCCAACAAUGUAUGAGGGAUCCAGUAUAGCCAUGUUCUUGCAUCCCUACCUUUUUAUUAUUGUAUUAUAGGUUAUUUACACAUCCUUGUUACUAGACCCUUAGCAGAUACAUGCUUACAAAUGAUUUCUUCAUUGUAUGGGUAAGUUCCUUGAAAUUCUUUGCAGCACUAAUGGGCCACUCUCCUUUCCCCAGUACUGGGUACUGAACUCAGAGCCUCACUGCUGCUAGGCAAGUGCUCUACCACAAAGCUACACUCCAGGUUUUGAGACAGGGUCUUGAUAAGUUGCCUAGGCUGGCCUCAAACGUGUGAUCCUCCUGCCUCAACCUUUUGAGUAGCAGGUACUGCAGGUAUCCCAUCCCUGCCAGGUGGGCUACUUUAAUAAAUAUUUUUAAAUCUUAAAGUAGAAGUGUGUGAUUAGUGUUUGAGUAUAUUUCUAAACAUUUUAAUGUUAUGAACAGCCAUUACUAUGUGCAGACCCUAUUUUGACGUAUCCUGGUGAGAGCUGUGGCUCCUCUGAUUUCUGUGCCGGCGCUGUUGAGCGCAUGUGUGUGACCGCGUCUGAUUCUCAUGACCUGUGAGGCAGACACUGCUGUCAGGAUGUGCACUGUGUGUGUGGAUGAGGACAUGAGGCAGAGGAGCCGGGCACCGCCUGGCGUGGGAGGCAGCCCGGACUGAGACGGCCUGAAAAGAAUAACCUCUGCAGGAACGUCCACUGCUUUAGCGCAGACGGGGAGAGUAGUGUUUCCGCGGAGUCUGCCUAGGGACAACAGCGCCAUGGGGCUCAGCGGCAGCCCCGGGCUCUUCCCCGAGGGUCCGGGCUUUGCCGACCCCCGAGGGAACAGGGCUGCAUUCCUAGGGUGGGGGACAACCGAAGGGUGUGGGCGGGGCUGCGGAGGGGCGGGACCAGCCCGCUGUGUGGAGGCCGGUUGGCAGCGACUGCUGCGACGGUGGAGCCAUGAGCUGGAGCUGCCCGCGCUGCCAGGAGCCUGUGUACUUCGCGGAAAAAGUGAGCUCCCUGGGCAAGAACUGGCACCGCUUCUGCCUGAAAUGUGAGCGCUGCCACAGCGUGUUGUCCCCAGGAGGGCAUGCAGAGCAUAACGGGAGGCCCUACUGUCACAAACCGUGCUACGGGGCCCUCUUUGGACCUAGAGGGGUGAACAUCGGUGGUGUGGGCUCCUAUCUCUAUAAUCCCCCCACGCCCUCCCCUGCCAGCAUCACCCCCCUCAGCCCCAGCAGCUUCAGCCCACCCAGGCCAAGGAACGGCCUCCCCCAGGGCAAGAAAAGCUUACCCCGAAUGAGAACAUUCACAGGAGAGACCUCACUGUGCCCUGGCUGUGGGCAGCCUGUCUUCUUCGCGGAGAAGGUGAUGUCUUUGGGCAGAAACUGGCAUCGACCCUGUCUGAGGUGCCAGCGUUGCCGGAAGACCCUGACUGCCGGGAGCCAUGCUGAGCAUGAUGGUGUCCCCUACUGCCACAUCCCCUGCUAUGGCUACCUGUUCGGCCCCAAAGGUGUGAAUAUCGGCGAUGUGGGCUGCUAUAUCUAUGACCCAGUGGAGAUAAAACCCAAAUGAGCAGCUCCCAGGAGAGGUCACCCUAAUGCAGGCUUCCUGCCACCCCCUCUGUGGUCCAGUGGGAGCCAUGAUUUCUCUCUUGGGUCCUGUGGGGUGGAGAAGGCAGGAUCCUGGGUCCCUGGGCCUAGACUCCAUGAUAGGCCAGAGUCUACUCUAGACUUUCUCUGCCAACUCUUCCCUUUCCCAUUCCUACCUAGUCGGGACACAGGCCACCCCACUACGAAUGGUGCCCCCCCCCCGCCCCGCGCCUUCUCAUCCCUUGUCCCAGCAAAUUCUGAGGCUUAAAGGUACUUAUCAAACUUUUGUUUAUUGAGCCCCAGCCUCUCUGGCUUCUCUAAUAAAAUGUUGGCUUCCA